UAUUGAUGGUUGCAAUGUUUACUGGCAAGGUGCCCGUUUGUUUAUUAAUUGACCCAAUUAGCGACACAAAUAGUAACAAUUUCAUUCGUUUUACUUUAAACUUCAAUCCUCCAUCAUCGGGUACAAUCUAGUUAUGAAUCUGUGACCCAAGAACACUGGCUUUUAGCGUGUAUGGGUGUUGAUUGUUGUAACUAAUGAAGCUAGGUGUUCAAUAACAUAUUGACUGGUUGUGCAUGACAUUCAUAUAUGCUGCUUAUUGUGAGACCGGUUCAGACACGAGGACAUACCUGUAGAUUAGGUCUUUAAAAUGCGGAAACGUAUUCAGAAUAAUGAUGAUUAUGAAUCUGAUGAUUAUGAAGAAACUGACACAUUGAUAUCAAGAAGUAAAUCAGCUAGCAGAAUAAGAACAGCUCCAAGAAAGAAUACUAAAAAAUCAAGUAGACGACCAGGUUCUCCUAAUAAGGCUCGACCAAACAGUGCUUUAGCUGGUAAAACGGGUCACGAUUUGUGGAUGACAGCUUUAAAGAAAAGACAAGGAGCUUUGGGUAGUGGUUCACCACGUCAUAAAACACCUAUAGAAUAUUGGGUUGAUACAUUACGUAAAACUGGUACAGGUAUCAGUACUGAGAGUUCAGGUAGAAACACAUUUACUGGUCUAAAGAAAAACAAUGAUUUAAAUAUGGCCUAUCAUAGUACCAGUCAUCAUCUACGACAAAUGAUGGGAGUAGAAAAAGCCAAGAAAUAUCCAGACGCUACAAGUAGGAGUGGUGCUGGGACACCAGCCUACAAGACACAAGAAGAAUAUUAUGAUGAAGUCCUAGAGCUGAGGAAGCAAAUAGGUAAUUUAAGUCAAGACAACUCAACAAUGAAGGCAAAAGUUAGGAGAUUAGAAGAAGACAAGAUUAAGAAGGAUAAAGAAUUGGAAGGUCUUCUUAAUCCAGCAAAGAGUGAAGAAUUAAGGAGAACAAUGGGUGAUAGAAAAGCUGAUUCUGGUGCCGUGAUACAUAGUUUAAAACAAAAAAUUCUUAAAUUAGAAAUGCAGCUAAGGGAGAAAGAUGCAUCACAUGCAAAACUACAAGGUGAUUUAAAGGUGACAAAAAUUGAUGAAAUGAAAUGUCAAAUGGAAGUCCUGUAUCAAGAAAUAACUCGUCUUCAGAAUUCAAAGGAAACUGGCAUUCCUAAAUCUGCUCGAUCUGUGAGUGGAAAAGAUAAUAUUAAAGUGAAGGCCUUGAAUGAAACAAUAAUUAGAUUGAGUAAAAAUAAUGAACAGCUACAGGCUGAAAACAGAAGUUUAAAGGAAGAAUUAGAAAAUGAUAAUAAUGGUGUAGAUGGUCAUGUCUCAUCUAGAGAUUAUGAAGAUAUGAAUAGAAAACAGUUAUUAUCAACUCUAAAGAAAAUGAAUUUGAAAAUGGAGAAAUUAGAGAGAAAAAUAGAAGGAGAUAAUCUGUCUAUAAUGUCGAUAGAAAAAAACAGAGCUAAUGUUCCUGGUAAGAUCGAUUUAAGUGGUAGUAUUGAAAAUAGAUUACAACAAUUAGAUCAUAGAGAGACUGAGCUAUUAGAUGAACUAUCUAAACAGAAGAAUCUCGUACAAAAAUUGAAAGAAGAGAGACUAUUUUAUAAACAACAGUGUGAGGAAUCAAAAUCUCCUGGAAGAAUGACAAAAGCAAGUCCAAGACGCCCAAAUACCAGGGGAUCUGAUGUUUCACGUCCUCCAACUGGCAGACGACGAUCGGGUCAAGAUGAAGAAGAUAGAAUACGAGAAGAAAAACUCGAAAAUCUGAAACAAAGAGCCGCUGCCAACAGUAUCCAAAGAAACUGGCGCCGCCAUAAAAGCGAGAAAGAAAUUGAUGAGGAGAAAAGACGACAAGAAAAACUUAAAAUUAUUCGAGAAAAUAUAGCUGCUAAACAUAUUCAAAGAGGAUGGAAGGAACACCAACAAGAACAAUAUAAGAGACAAGCCAGGCGAGUUCAUGACUUUACAGAAAAUAGAGCUGCUAGAAAAAUCCAACAUGAAUGGACAGAUUAUAAACAUCGCAGAGAUGAUCGUGAAUUGGAUGAUGCCAGUUAUUUAAUACAAGGUGCUUUAAAUGGUCACCAUGCUAGGAAACAGAGACUAUCAGGCUACCAAACUGAAGACUCUACAGAAGAUGAGUCAUUAGACAAUGCAACACAACUUAUACAAUCCAGUAUAAGAGGCCAUAUGGGAAGAAAACAAAAAUUAAAAACAUUACGAUAUGAUUCAACAGAUGAAGAGGAUUAUAGAAGGCCAUCAUCAGCCAUGAGAAAUAGAAAUAUAUCAGGAGGAAGAAGACCAAGUAGGUCACCUCGGACCAGCUAUUAUUCCGGUCAUUCCCGAGGUUCACAUAAUGAUGAAGAUGAUGACGAUGACUUUUAAAAUUUAGAAUUGUGAUAUCUUUUGUAUUUAUAUCUUUUAUCUUGCUCAGGUGAUUUUUAAAUUGAUUUUAAUCUUUAAUCAGCAGGUUAAUAAAAGCUGUGUUCCCUUCUGUUGAUCAUCAGAAUUGUAAAUGGUGAUAUUAUUAUAGAUUUAAUAUUUUUCCUUUGUAUAAAUUAAUAGCUUAGAUACAAAUAAAUCUAGAAUUUAGUAGUACAUAUUGAGUUUUAUCAAAAUUUGAUUGAAAAAAUAAUCAUCAGCUUAUGAUUUCUACACACACUUUUCAUAAUAAUUUAUUAAAUAAAUGAUCCAGAAAGCUUAUUAUUGGCUGUUUCAUAUGGUCUCACCACAUAAAUUCAAGUAAUGGCUAUUUAUUUUCGGGAGUGUACCCCCUAUGAAAUCAGAGUUGUGCCUUUCUAAUAAAAUUGUUAUUAAAUACUAAACUAUUUUUUUGAUAGAGUACUUGUAUUUAUUAGUGUAAAUAUAUAUUUUAAUGUUAUUAUAAUAGCUUGUAUCUAUUUAAUUUAUAUAUAUUAUUAUUUAAAUAUUGUAACAGCAAAUAUUAAUUUGUAUAUUUGCUAUGUAGAAAAAAGAAUGUAUCUAUUCUAUUAGAUUCUAUUCAUGUUGAUAUUAUUUCAGACUUCAGUCAUGAAUUAAUACAUGCAAUGUAGAAAAAAAAAUCAAAGCAAAAACAAUGUUCAGUUUCGCUUAUAUUUCGUGAAUAUAGUUUUUGGCUUACAUCUUGAUGCAUGUACUUUACUAAUAAUGUGCUAUCAAUAUGAUAUGAUUUACAAUGUGUACACAUGAUAUUUUAAAUUAUGAGAGAUUUACUAUUUAAUACUACCCUGCCAUAUUGGUAUUUUCCAAUAUGUUCACAUUUUAUUGAUUAAAUUGGUUUACAAUGAAAAUAACAAUUUAUGGUAGCAUAUGGUAUAACAGUAUUUUUUCUGCAACUCUCAAUAAUAGGCUUCUUUACAUGCAUCAUUUGUGUAUAAUUAAGACAAUCUGUAUAUUUGUUUUACUAUGUAUGUUUCCGUCCAUGUUUGUAUUAUAUAUUUACCGGUAAAUAUUAUAACAUUUCUGUAGUUGAUUAUUUGUUCCUGUAUGUUUAUCAAAUAAUAAUAACAGUCUUGUCUCAUUAAAAGAAAACAGACUUUUUAUAAA